UAGUACUCUCCGGGCUCUGACAGCUCCAUUGCUCUCCAGCAGUCUCUUGGCUAUCAGCCUAUCACCGGCUGUGUGAUCCGUCCUUGCCUUCCCAGGACCAUUGGAAUCAGAGUUGGUCCAUCCAUCAUGCAGGAUGCGGGUCCUCCGAUGGAGAACAAGCGCUGCUUCCCCAACCACUUCUCUGACUACAAGGGCAGCCUGGUGUCGGGCCAGGCAAGUGAUGUGGGGGGUGUGAUCAGGACCAUAGACAGCAUCGUCCAGCAGCUGCCUGCCCAGGGCGGCCAGGAGGGCGGACUGUACGGGGGUCUGGCUGGGGUGGCAUACAUGCUGUACCAUGUCUCCCAGUGCCCCGCGUUCAGUGCCCACAGGGACACCUACCUCCGCCGAGCCGGCUCCAUCAUCGAGGCAUGCGUGCUGCACUAUGACCGGGAGCUGGACCGGGAGACCCGGGCGUCCUUCCUGCUGGGCGGUGCGGGGGUCUAUGCUGUGGCCGCUAUGAUCUAUAAGGCGGCGGGACGGGCGGACUACACCAAGCCGCUGGACAGGUUCGGGAGCUGGGGGAACGUGUGUAUGCCGCUUGGUUUCCUGGACUGUGGCUCCGACGAGCUCUUCGUGGGCAGGAGCGGAUAUCUUUGUGCUGCCCUGAUCCUCCGACACAAGCUGGACAUGGAGGUUUUAAAGCCAGCUCAGAUCAGGACAAUAUGUCAUGCUAUCUUGGAAUCUGGCAAACAGUACUCAAGGAAAAAAAGGAAGCCCUUCCCACUGAUGUACUCAUACUAUGGAACAGAAUACUUGGGAGCAGCACAUGGUCUGUCCUCUAUACUGCAAAUACUCUUGUCCUAUCAGGACUAUCUUCAGCCAGCGGACCGAGACCUUGUUUGGCAAAGUGUGGACUUUCUUGUAAAUCAGGAGCAAAACUGCAACUGGCCACCAGAGUUGGGGGAAGUCAUAGAACGUGAAAAUGAACUUGUUCACUGGUGUCAUGGAGCCCCUGGCAUUGCUUAUCUAUUUGCAAAAGCAUAUUUACUCUCAAAAAAGCCAUGUUACCUGGACACCUGCAUUCGCUGUGGAGAGCUGGCCUGGCAGAAAGGUCUGCUCAAGAAAGGACCUGGUAUUUGUCAUGGAGUGGCAGGCAGCGCCUAUGUGUUUCUAUUGCUUUAUAGACUUACUGGUAACUCCAAGUAUAUCUACAGAGCACAGAGGUUUGCAGAGUUUCUGUCUUCGGAUGAGUUCAGAGCUGGAUCGUGCACUGUGGAAAGCAUCUACAGUCUAUAUGAAGGCUUGUCAGGAACAGUGUGUUUUUUGGUUGAUUUAUUACAGCCUAACCAGGCUGAAUUCCCACUUUUUAAUGUCUUUGUGUAGAGUCAUCAUUUGCUGUAAUGAACUGGACAUGAGGAUUUUUGCAGGCUCUUCAAAUAUGAAUCAUGAUGAUUAGGGACAAUGUCCUUGUGCUUGAUAGGUAUAAACUGAUAUCAUAUUUAAGGGGGGGGGGUGCACUAGUGGUUACCCAUGGGAAAAGAAGAACUGGGGAUGACCAGGGUCUUAUAGCCGGGGGAAAAAGGGAUAUAUUAGUAUAAAUAGCUGUGAUUGCUGUUUAUUAUUGGCAACA